AGAGAAAGAGAGAGAGAGAGAGAUUCCAACCUUUUCCUUAUCUCCUAUUUCCUCCUCCUCUUCCUCUCCUGCCCACUCCUCCCUUUAUUUAUCUUAACCAUUUAUCAUGUCAGUAGCUCCUUAAUCCUCUCUCUCUUUCUCUGGGGGUGUCAUGGCUGAAUAAGGGUGGUGAGGCUGCUGGGGAGGAUGAUGUCCCACGAGGAGCACCGCAGACAGCCAACAGGGGAGGAGGAGGACGGUGAGGACGAGGAACAGGACAUCGAGGCGAGGACAGCGGUGGAGGCUCUGCUGGCCCUCACCUCGCCCACUGAAUACACCCAUCACUCAGGCUACGAGGAGGACUACAUAAUGGAGCCCGUCGGGGAAGGCUAUUCAAAGACUGCAUCGGGGGAGAAGGACGGGAUGGAGGCCUUCAACAGCACACCGGAGGGGGAGGAGGAGGAGGAAGAGGAGGAGAUGGACGUUGAUGAAGAAGACGAUGAUGAUGAUGAGGAUGAGGAUGAUGAUGAGGAGGAGGAAGGAGAGGUUGUAAGGGCAGUGCAGCAGCCUCAGAAUGUCACCCUUGGGAAACCUGACGUGAGGGAGGUGAGGCAGGCCCAGGUGACUAACGAGGCAGGUAAACGAGUCGGAGGUGGAACAGGUGUGAGGGAGGGUGAAGGAGGCACUGUGGAGUCGAGUUCAGGGGACGUAAAGGACGCAAGCCAGUCGGACGAGGGACUGACACAGCUCCGAGCGUUCAUACAAGCGAUGGAAGGGCGGCAGGAGGGGGGCGUAGCGGCAAAGAGUGCAAGUGAUGGGGGUUCUAGCGAGCGCCAAAUUGUCUUUACCGAGAACAGAACUGCGCUUAAGACCCAGAGCGAGGGACAGCACCAGCACAGCACCCUCGGGAAGAACGUACGAGGAAUGGUCAUGCUUCCCAACCAGUCGCUCAAAGACGCUAUCGCAGGUGGAGUGAGUGGAGUGAGCAGUGCAAUGAAGGUGGGCAGUGGAGUGACAGGAAAACCAUCGCCACCUAAUAAGUUUAAAGACAAUCAAAACAAUCAGAAUGUGAGGAGAGAUGGAGUUAAGUUGGUAAGUCAGGGAAACGGCACGUCUAGCACAGGGGACUUGAGAUACGGGGAGCUACAGAAGACUUCAAAUAAUUGUGGUGGUGUUAAGUAUCUGGGAGGGAGUGAAGCGAAAACCCAGAAUGAGGAGGAGGAGGAAGACGAGGAUGAGGAGGAGGUAUCAUCAGAGGAAAGUGAGAACGAGACCGACCAGAGACAUGAAGUGAGGGAAGGAGACGGGGAGAAACAAGGAGAAAGAGGAGAGAGAGAGGAAGGAAAAGAAGGAAGCAGUGAUACCUCAGACUCAGAAGGGGAGGAGAACGAGGAAGAGGAACGUGAGGAGGGGGAGGAGGAUAGGGACAGUGACUCGAGUAGCUCCAGUAGUGGGUCUUCCUCCUCCUCCUCGAAUGACUCAGACUCCGAUGGGUCUGAGUCGGACAGUGAGUCAGAAAACGAGGCAAAGCGUGUUGACGGGAAACCAAAGGAACCCAACACAGCGGCCACGGAAAACAGUGUUGCAAAGAGCGUGUCCAGUGCCAUGGGGGGUGAGAAGAGUGAGAAGGACAGUGCAGUAACAGUGAAGCCGGGAAAUAUAGAUGACAUGAAAUUAAUAGACAAAACGAAGCUGCCUGAUCCUCUUAGAGUGAUACAGAAAGCAAGACUGACGGAACUGCUGAAAAUACCCAACGUGCUUAACUUAGGUGACCCACAGAAGCACGGUGACAAAACUAAAGGGAGUGAACAGCUGAAGAACACUAAAACUAUCCUGCCAUGUAAAGAGGAAGCAGAAACAGAGACUAAACCACUCACACACAACAUGAAAGACACAAAAACGCUCACACAAACCACGCGGGAAGUCAAACCACUUACACAGAUCAAGGAGGCAAAAGUGCUGACACAGAAUGCUAGAGAGACGAAACUGCUCAUGCCGAAGACAGAGAAAGGAGUGCCGAGUGUGGAGGGAAGGAGGAGGAGUUGUGAGGGGUCUGAGGAUGUCCCUGUGUCUCUGUCCGUGGGGGUUUGUAAGGACUCCGACACCAAGGACAGUCCCGGUAAGAUGUCCUCAAACCCAGAUAAGAAAAACAGUGGUAAUAGGGACUCGAGAAAAGACGCGAGUGACAUGGAGAGAAAGUUAAGUGUUGACGCGAAGAACUGCCUCUCUGCUAAGGUUGUGGACGCUGCUACCAAGGCGGAGAAGACCUUGAGUAUGAGCAGUAGCGGUGGUGGCGUUAAAAUCCCCACUGACAGGGAAAAGCUAUUCAACAACAACAGUAUAAGUAUUACCAAGUCCCAGGUGAGUGUAAACGCCAACAACAACAACAAUAACAACAAUGGCAGUAGCAAGAACAAGAAAAACAGUGUGAUAAAAAGUGGAGUGCAAGGUAGCGAGGUGUCGGUUGCCCCCCCUAAGCUAAUACCCAAGAUCUCAGGGCCCAGCGGCGGCAACUCCCAGCGUAGUCAGGUGGAUUUAGUACAAGAGGUUGCCGCUGCGUUCGCCCAACAGCUGUCCACGAUACAAGCCAACCAGGCGCGUAACGGAGCCAAGACCCAGAACACAGACUUGGAAAUGCUCAAACCCGACAAAGACUCCACCAACCACAGCCCUCGGACACUAGCCAAGGAGGAAGAUGAGGAAGAAGAGGAUGAGGACGAGGAUAAGGGGGACUCAGAAAUCGAGGACAUGUUCCCCAUCCAGGCCGAGGUGGUGAUGUCUGAGGGGAGUGAGAGCGGCCUGGAGUAUGAGACGUUUGAGGAGCAGUCGCAGCAGUCUCGGCAGGCUCCGCAGGGCGACCUCAGCUGGUGCCAGAAAGGGAGUGAGGUGCUGGACCCAUCGGAGAAGGAAAACCUGGAGCUGAUGGCGUACUUGAAGAGCUAUGUCAACGGCACCAGUGAGGGGGAGCUGGUGGAGUACCCGCCCCCGAACAAUGACCUGCCUCCCGGGGGCCAGGAUCUGACGCAGUGGCAGCUGGACGGGGUGCGGCUGCCUCCCUUUACCCCGAGCGUGGCGCCCCCGUCCUGGCUCAGACUCACCAUCCCGGCGGAGGGUUACCGGUGCCAGUCCUGUGAUGAUACUUUCUUCAUCGAGAGCUCGCUGGUGCAGCAUCGGGAGCGGCGCAGCGUGUGGAUCAGCCUGGAGUGUGGCCCCUGCGACGCCAAGCUCACCUUCUACAACCGCUGCGCCCUCAAAGAUCACCUGCGCAACCACAUGGCACAGGGGGAGGAGGUGGACGAGGAGACGGUGGAGGUGAGGUCCCUGCCGCUGCAGCUCACUCGCCUCCUGCAGCCCAUCGUGGUGCCCGUCCCAGACUCCCUCAGGAUGGCUGGCAAGAAGGUCUCGAGGAACUUGAAGAGUCACGGGGCCGUCAACAAGCUACCGGUGCUCAAGCCCAUCGGGAGGUGCGCCGCGUCCUCCCAGCUGACUGAGUACCAGAACGAUGGGGGGGACGGCGCGUCGGUGGAGGAUGACCAGGACGACACAGGUGACCAGGAGGAGGGUUUCAGGAGCCCCUCAGACAGCAAAAUACCUCCAGGCAUCAAAAGGUUGUCUCCAAGGAAGCGAACAGUGCGCUGUUACCUGUGUGAGAGGAUGUUCCACAGCGUGAGGGAGCUGAUGGCACACAUGCGCACGGACCAACCCUACUCGGACCAGCGGGUGGAGUGCAAGAAGUGCCAGCUGGUCCUGCCAAGCGUGUGUGCCGCCAAAGCCCACAUCCUCACACACCCGCCGGCCAACACCUCCAACAUCUCUGUGUGCCCUGAGUGUGGGAGCCGCUGCGACGGGCCCAGGGAAUUUGUACACCACCUCAACACCUGCGGCCACCAGUACCGGCGGUCGGGCGUGGUGUGCACCGAGUGUCAGGUGUGCUUCUUCAGGUCCCAGGAUGACUUUCUCACCCACUGGAUUGCCGAGCACUGUGCCAAGUCCUACGAGUGCGUGGUCUGCCACAGCACCUUCGAGAGUCUAGUGUUCCACAGGUGCACCUCCCCGGGCCAGCAGGUCCUCGCCACGUUCCGCUGCCUGCUGACGUGCCCGCUGUGCUCAGUGGCAGUGCAGCUCCAUGCCCAGGAGGAGCAGGACACCAAUGGCAAGAUCCGCGCCCACCUGGCGGAGGCGCACCCCACUAUCAUCACGCGGGUCCACUACGUCUACAAGUCCAAGUUCUGCACCAACGCGUUCCGCUCCAAGGACGAGCUACGCGCCCACCACGACCGUGAGCACCGGCGGGACAACCACUACCGCACCAAGACCUGCACGCUGCACCACGAGGUGCUCGGCUACCAGCACCAGUACUUCAGCGGCCAGGAGCCCAGGAACGCCUUCGUCACCCUGCCCGUGGCCCUCAGUGCCGAGGAGCUGCACGAGGCCAGGAUCAGGGACGUGCCCACCGUCAGCAGCGUCAUCGACAAGACACUCUUCCCGGACCUCCUCUUUCAGGAGGGCUCACGGGGCAUCAAGUCUGACAGGUCCUCCAAGAACAAGGCGGCUAGCAAGGGCUCACCCAAGGAGGGGGAGGCCAGGGACGGCAUGGCAGCCAAGGAGACGCCGGUCAAGAAGGACAUGGACCAGCUGGACAAGUUGAGGCCAAAGGUGUGCUACCGGUGCGGGUUUUACUAUGCCGACAACAAGGACUUCCGGCGCCACAAGCGUACCUGUGAGGGGGAGGCGGCGGAGCGGCAGUGUCAGCUGUGUGGACUGACGGCCGUGGGGGAGGACUUUGCCCGCCACUGCCUGGGCCACGUGCAGGAGGGGGCCAUCCUCUGCAUCUACUGCAAUGGCACGCAGUACAGCACCAUGGCAGACCUGGAGCAGCACUUUGAGCUGCACGUGCACGAGCAGUUUUCAUACCCUGCCAGCUGCGCCUUCUGCUGCACCUCCCUGCCGGACGUCCCCACGGCCCUGGCGCACAUCAACGAGGAGCACGACCCCCUGCACAUCCCCUUUGACACCUCGGAGUUUGAGUGUGACAAGUGCGGCCGACGGUUCCACGGGGAGCGGGGGCUGAGCGUCCACAUUGGCCGCUGCACGCUGGGCACCGCCACGCCCACCCCGGCCUCUGCAGGGUGCCGCCAGUGUCAGGUCUGCACCAAGGCGCUCACCCCGGAGAUGUUCGGGCGGCACAUGGUCUGCCACCUGGAGGAGGGGCUGCUGGUGUGUAGCCUCUGUGACGGCCGCACACUGCCCUCCUCCAUGGCCCUCCUGCACCACCUGGAGGAACAUGCAGCAGCCCUGGCCUACCCCAGCAGCUGCCCCAUGUGUGCCUACUCCAUGCAGGACUCCACCUCGGCGCUCACCCACCUCAAGGAGGAGCACGGCUUCGGCAACCUGCACUGCGCCGACUGCGACAUGCACUUCAACUUCACGUACCAGCUGCAGCGGCACACGGACAUCGUGCACAAAAUCUGCCAGUACGCCAAGCGGCGGUACAUCUGCUGGAUCUGCCGCGCCUACGACCACGUCAAGAAGGAGACGCUCAUGAACCACUUCCGCACCGUCCACGGCCUCGACCGCCAGCAGGUGGACGAGAAGGUGAUGAUCAGGACCCGUGGCCAGGGGACCAUGCCCACCUCGCAGUUCAUCCCCACCAAGCCUCUGGGCAGCAAGGAGAACCAGGCCCUCGCUCAGGCCAACAAGGACGCAGAAGCCACGCCAACCAAGACUCAGCGGGACAACAAGAGCAAGACCUCCCCCAGCAAGUCCUCCUCCACAGGCACAGACUCCCCCAUCAAGCAGAGCAGCGGCAUGAGGUCACCAACAGGACGGCAGGCCAAGGACUCCCCUCUGAAGACUCUCACACCUUCGGAAAGUCCCAUAAAAGAAGAGUCGUCGAAGAUAAAUACCUCACAGACGUUCUCUGCGAUGGAUGGACCUCCGCAGCUCUACGCCAUGGAGGGAAGCCUGGCAGGGGACUCCUCAAACUCCUUCACGCCUGCCAAGCUCCCUCGGUCCAUGGUGGCCGGGGACGGGAGGAAGGUCAAGGACAAGAUGAAGGUGCUGGUCAAGAGGCUGCCAAACUCCAUCCUGGACGAGGAGUCACGGUCGAAGCGCAGAAGGACGGAGAGCCACAGGAGUGAGACCGAGCAGGAGAACAAGGAGGGCAUGGCGAAGGAGGAGAGGAUAAAGAAGAAAAAGAAGAAGAAGAAGAAGAAAAAGGCGUACAAGUGUCCCGUGUGUUUAUUCGGCACCAAUUUCAAGGACAAGAUGGACUCGCAUAUCUUAAAACACAAGGAAAACGGGGAGGAGGUCGUUUGCGAGGCGGAUGGGUUUGUGUGUCGGGAGUGCGGCGCGUCCUUCGUGGUGGAACCCUCCCUAGCGCGGCACAUGUUCUUCGCACACAAGAUAAAGCUCCACGUGUCCAGCGGAGAUGAGAACAAGGACGCCGGAGCCACAGAGGUGAAGAACGAACCAAGCGAUGAUGUCAAGGUGGAGGAGAAGGAGGAAGUCUGCAUCAAGGAGGUGAAGAAGGAGGAGAAAGCGAUAGAGGAGAAGGAGGGGAGGAAAACCGUGCCCAAACGAAAGGUGUUGCGAGAGACGGCGAGGAAGAAGACGGAGAGCGAGCCAGUGACGACGCGGAGUGAGCUGAGGAGCAGACGAGGGGAGGCUCCAGCACUCAGGCGAAAACCAGCAAAGACGAACCCUAAGAGGAGGCCGGAGAGGACAUCGUCAUCAUCGGUCACAGUGACGAGCAAGAGGAGAGAAGACACAAGCAGGAGGAAGGUGUCGAAGGAAGGAAGCAGGAAGGCCUUGGAGCGGCAGAGUGUGACCAUCAAGAGGGAGAUAGAGGAGGAGGAGGAGGAGGCCAAGCUGGACAAUCAGUGUGUGGUGUGCAAGGAGGAGUUCACUAACGCGGUGGAGCUCUACAGCCACCUGCGGACUCAUGGCAUGGCAUUCCUCAAGCUGGGCCGCAAAGCCAGACCCCUCGGCCUCGGCAAACCCCCUCCUCUCGACCGGUAGGGGUAAACGUAACCUCUUUUUUUAUAUAUUUUUUUUACUUCCCUGCCCCCCACUCUACUUUAUUUAACUUUUAUUUGCUAACUAACUUAACAGCAGGAUGGGGUGAGGGAGAGUUGGCUGGUUGUUGCCUCCCAGAUCUGGCUGUGACGUCUGUUUGGGGAUGUGAAGUGUAAUCCACCACGCUGCUGCUGCUGCUGCUGCUGGCGUGCAAACCCUCCCUCUCUUGUGGUGUCAUGCAGGGACAAGCUGCCUCCCAGGAGUGGAGGAAAGGUUCAAUGUGAUUUGAGGAUGACACAAGUGCAAUUUCUCGUUACAAUUAUGGAUUAUAUUUUAUUUAACUCAACAAAGGCUGCUAUGAAUAUGAGGCUUAGCUAAUCAAAUUUGAAUUUUAAUAUUUUUUGGAGUGUGCUAAGUAAUGAAAUAGCAGCAGCAGCAGCAGCAGCCUCCAUUGACCGGCGAGGACGGUUGGUGGCGGUAAGAGUUUAAAGUUCAAAUGCUUUUUCGUUGUUUUCCUAAUUUUAUUUUAUUUAUUUAUUUUUUUUUUUUAUCUUGUCUACGAUAAAUGUUUAUUUUUUACAGCUUGCUCUAUUUUAUUUUUCUCUUUGGCAAUCUUCUUAAUCUAGUCAUUUUUUUUUUUUUCAAAUGUAAAGUAUUUAACUGCAAAAGGAAAACUGACUUCUAAGGUCAGAUUAAUGUUUUCCCUGUUUGGCAAUGUGCUUUUUAUACUGAGCUGUUGGGGUUGUGUCAGGCUGU